AUGUCUGCAAUGACUCACAAUCAUUCUUUCUACCAAGCGCGCCUUGAAUUUGUUCAUGAUAUACUAACAGAGAAAUUUGAUCUGGCGGUAUGUAUCCGUAGAAAUUGGCUUUGGAAGUCUACUGACGAGGCCUGUGAGAAGAACGCUCGAGUUGAUCCAGUUGCCUACGACCAUGAGUGCCCCUUCAAGUACAAUAAUUUUGUGUACUACGUCUCCCUCCCAUCUCCUUUGAUCAAGGAUAACUUUACCUGUCAGAGCCAGACAAGCUGUGUUGCAAUUCCCUCUGGCUGUAGCGAACUGAUUCUUCGUCUCGCCAACCCAGACGCAGAAGGUUUGCAACAAGCGUCGAAUCGUAUUGAGAAUGAAGUCGCCAUUAUGACUCUCGCCGCGAGAGCCCUAGACCCAAGUUUCAACCCACAUGUCGUACCCCGCAUUUAUGGCUGGAGGGGGAGCAUGUCAAAGGAAGGAAAGCGCCAGCAAGGUUGGAUCCUUCAAGAAUAUAUGCCAGGCACGCCACUAGACGAGAAUUUGGAUAACAUGAGUCUCAAAGGCAAGAGAAAUAUCCUCGGCCAAAUUGCCAAACUUCUGAAAGGGCUCCAGGACUUUGCACUGCCAGAUUCCAUCACUGACUUCGGAGGACUCACCUUCGAUAAUGAGGGUGACCUCAUAAGCGCCCCGAUGACCAACUGUAAUAUCGGACCAUGGCCAACAUACGAGGCAUCGUUCAAAGCACAACUCGAGCAUGCUCUCAAAAAGUCCGAUGAGAACCCCUACAUCCAGGGUUGGCGUCCAAACGGCGUUCGCGCACGGCUGGAGGCCUUUAUUGAGCGAGAAGUUUCGACAGCCUUUGAGCAACUUGAGGCUCGCGACCAGAAGGUCAUUACUCACGCGGAUUUCAGUAAAUACAUGGCUUCCCUGGUUUCUAAGUCGAGGAAACAUACUUAUACAUUGUUUCUCACAGCACCAAGCAACCUUUUAUUCGAUGCGUCCUCGGGCCGUAUCACGGCGCUUAUUGACUACGAACUUUCGUGUAUUACUCAUCCUUCAUACGAGUUUUUCCGCUCCUUCGACGGUUUUGGGGGGCGAAUUCGUGGCUGCUCAGUUAUCGAAGGCCGCAAGGAAAUGUCGCUCGAUGAAGCUAUGCUGCACGGCUUCCCAGACCCUCUUCCAGACUGUAAGGAUGGUGAUGAAUUUGAGGAAUGGGAGCUAGCCAAGGCCUGGGAGGACGAGCUCGAGAGGACCGGCUGCAAGCGUCCUAUAAUGAUGCCGGGAAUUGAUAAAGUUGCUAAUGUUUAUGCUUUGCUUCGCUCAAUCCUGCCUUGGCGCGUCACCAAUGCCGACAUUGUUGCUAGGCAAUCUGAUGAAGUUAUUCGAGAAUGUCAGAGUGAGAACGAGGUGGUGGUAAUUCAGAUUCUAGAGCACAGCGGGUUUUAG